GUCAAGAUGUAUGUUUACUUGGAAAUGUGGGCUUUGAUUCACCUUCUGUGGCUUGUUGUGUCAAGCGAUGGCGGUCAGUGUCCCAAUGACAAACCUAAAAACUGUAAAUGUACCUUAUUUGGGAAAAGAUCCAGUUUUACAAGAUACAUAGUUGACUGCAUGGGUUAUGAGCAUGUACCAAGCGGUAUCCCUUCAAACACGGUGAUAUUGUAUGUUUUGUACGUUGUUAUUUAUCUUAAUAAUUGUCAAUACUAUCUUUUGAGAUCAGGGUUGGGUGAUUUUCGGCGCUCUUAACAGACCUGGAAAGAAAGAAGGAAUAAAUAAAUAAAAAAGUAAAUCUACCUUUUAAGGUAUUGGAAAGCGUUGUAUACAGCAAGACAAAUUAGGAAUCAAAUUCGAUCACAAGAUUACGCUUGGACGAAAAUUCUUGCCCAACCUAAAUCACCGAACCCGGAAUUUGUGAAUAUUUAACAAUUCUAUUAAAUUAAUAGCUUUCGUUUCAUCUGAACAAUUAUUGAGAUGGAGCAGGGAGUUAUCGCACCUGGAUCUCCAUUCUUCAGAUGAUACGAAAGCCAUUCAUUCAAAUAUUUCUUACUUGUAGUUUCAAAAGAAGCUAAAACAUGCUUACUUCCAUCGAAAUUAUAAGUUCAUCUUUGAUAGUGCAAGUUAAUCGGCAAGUUUAGGAGAUAAAGAGUUUUUAGCUCUGCAAAUAUUUUCCAAAUAGCAGAUGUUCCUCUAUCGGGUAGUCUUCUUGCUGUUCUUGCAAUGUUUUUAGCCAAUAGUUCGCCUAUUUCUUCCUCGGGAAACGAGUGAAACAACUCAACCUCGUCACCAGGUAUGCCUGGUUAACGGUUGAAUAAUCUGGCAAUUUUGAUGCACUAUUGACGUCAUCUUUCACAUAUCGCAAGAUUCUUCCAAAUUUAGUAGACAAAAGCUGGUAAUGAUGAAUUACGCAUGCAUUUUAGCCAAUCAGAAACGCAGAAAUAUUUUGAAAGAUAAUAAUUUACUUUAUGUUGAGGCUAACUCUGUAUGAAUGUGUCGUUAAGAUUUGUAUUCAGCGGUGAUUUUUAAUUCGAAACUGGAUUUUUGGUAGGAUCAUCUGUAAAACAAUGAAAAACAAAGACGUAAACACGAUAGAACCGCGAAAAACAAAAGGUGCCAGAAAAAGACAAGGUUCACAGUUGCGAAUCGAAUUGUUGCAUUACUUGUAUAUGUAUUCACGGACCUUAAUCGCAACACCAACGCCUUCGCGUGCACAUACCAUGCAUGUUAGUUGGUAAAACACAGGCAUCCAAAGAAUGUGGACAGAGUCGGGAAAAAAUACAGUUAAUAGUCAAGAGUACUGCUGACCAAGAAGAGUGUGCGUGCUCCUCUUGUCGCCCGUAUUUAGUCAGAUAGUCAUGAGGUUCCAGACUGGUGAGUUGAUAAGGCAGGCCACACAUUGUUAAAGUAGAUUCCUAGUUAUUCCUAAUAACAGCUGCUCAACAUGUCCUACUUUUUUUCAGGAACCUUUCGACGAAUUCUUUGAAAUCCAUUCACGAAGACGCAUUUGCAAACCUCACUUUUCUAAAGAGAAUGUAAGUGAGUAAACGCUUUGUACUGCAUGACUCUCGAUGAGUUAUAUAUCGGCUAAAGCACAACGCACAAAUGACGUCAGAGUGAUUAAAUUGUUGUCUGAUUUUUGUCAUUUUGUUCAUUUUACAUUGUUUGUAAUGACAGAAGACAAUCAAAAGUAAGGCAUUCACUUAUGUUAAUUUCAAUUUGUUUCCCUGAGUCUCAGAGACCCCAUUUACACUGGUCCGGACAAAGUUUUGAACUGAGCAAUUUUUUACCUGUGCAACCAGCUUACACGAAACCGUGCAAAUUCUGUCACAGAUUCCAGUAUUGGUUUUCGUUCAAAAACUUACACGAUUCCGCGGAUAAACGAAAAGCGGAUACGUGCAGAUUUUAUUUUUGUCCGUUCAAAAAUUUGUCCGGACUCGUGUAAACAUGUUCUUAGUUUUAUGAAUAGUAGCUGUACGCUGCGCUAUUGAUACAGAUGGUAAUAAAAUGUCACAACUAGCCUGUGAACAGGCUCUCUCUGUUGGCUAUACACAACCUAGCGUUUAGGUUGAAUAGCAAUACAUUUUUUUUAUCAGUUUCGCUUAAAUUCUGUAAAAAACAGAUGAAAAAAGAAAAAGAAGUUCACAUGAUUUUUACGAUAUUAGGUUAAGUUCUUUACAGUGAAGUUACUGUUUUUAAACCCACUUUCGGAUGUCAUUUCAGCUUUUACAGUGCAACUUCUACUCAGGGGACACCCUUGGCACCGACGAAAAAUGUCCAAAAAAUUGUUUGUGACUUCACAACUGAAUAGAAAAUGAAGUACAAGCAGAAACUUGUGAUGUUCCGUAACCAACUGAAAAAGAAGCUGGGACUUCUUCCAUCCUUCUUAGACAUUUUUUUGGUUUCUUUGUUUUAAUAUUUUUAACAUUAUUGUUGUUGUUGUUGUUGUUGUUGUAGUUGUUUUUUGGUUUUCCUCCUUGCCUAGUAGGUUCAAGUAUAACUGUAGUUCUCAUUUUAGAAUUAUUUUUAAAUUACGGUUUUGCUAAUUUGGAUUAUUAUUUGUGUAUUCGUCUGACCGUCACACAAUGAAACGUCACGUGAAACUGAUAGAUGUCUGUGUUUUUAUGCAGAGACCUUUCAAACAACCAGCUAAGGUUCAUUCCACGGAACACCUUCAGGAAUCUAUCAUCACUGGCAGUU